AUGCUGUUUUUGAGCAGAUUUCAGAUCAACAACCCAACCGCCGGGCGCGGCCAGCACCGCCCCGGGCACCGGGGCGGGCACCCGACCACCACCAUGGCUCCCGAGGAGCUCAGCGGCUCCGCCGACUACGAUUACCCACCGGUGACCAACACGACGGAGAACCAGGAACUCCCCUCCAAGUGGGAGUUCUUCUUCACCACAGUCUUCAUCCCCAUCCUCUACUCUUUCAUCUUCCUCCUCGGCCUCGUGGGGAACCUCUUUGUCAUCGUGCUGAUGGCCAAGAAGAGUGGGAGCAAGAGGAUGGUGGACACCUUCGUGCUGAACCUGGCGGUGGCUGAUGUCAUCUUCGUCUGCACCUUGCCCUUCUGGGUGGCUGCGGGGGCGCGGGGGAACCGCUGGCUGCUCGGCGAAGGGCUCUGCAAGGUGAGCAGCUAUGCCAUCGCCGUCAACCGCUGCUCCAGCAUCCUCUUCCUCACCGCCCUCAGCGUGGAGCGCUACUUGGUCAUCAGGAAGGUGCUGGACACCAAGAUGAUGGGUUCCCAGAGGCACAUCCGCGUCACCUGCGGCAUCAUCUGGGCAGUGUCCCUCCUCCUGGGCGCCCCGUCCUUGGUCUACCGGCAGCUGGAUGGGGAUGACUGCUGGGAUGAAGAUGGAGAGGACUUCAGCCUGGCCAUGGUCUUCCUCACCUUCCUCCUGCCCCUGGGGGUCAUCUCCUUCUGCUACUGCUCCAUCUACUGCCGGCUCCAGCGCCAUGUCCGGCUGGGCAGGGGCGUCCGGCGUUCCCACCGCGCCAUCGUCACCAUCGUCGCAGCCUUCCUCUGCUCCUGGCUGCCCCUCAACGCCUGCAAGGUCCUGCUCUUCUUCCUCGCCAAGGGGAUGCUGGUCCUGUCCCAGGGGCAGGAGGUGGCCCUGAGUACUUCACCCCUGCUGAUUUCACCCCCAUGA